AUGAUUAGCAAAGUGAAGGAGUGUAUUAUUGGUCGGAGCAAGAGGCGUUGGUCGGAGAAAAUGAAUCAAUAUAGCUUCAUCAAUCACACCUUACACAAAGAAAAGUGGCCAAAUUGGGUUUCCUAUAUCAUCGACAAGUUUGGGCUGAACGAGGUGGUUUGUUCUUGUCUAUAUGCUAAAACUCAACAUGUUGAAGAAAAACUGAAAGAGCUUAUUUUCAAUGAGAUCAAGAGAAAGGGUAAGCAGGCAACCAAAACUAGUGUUGCUAAGGAGAUUUCUUCGUCUAAAGGAGAAUGGACACUCCUUGACUAUAGUAAUGUGGAGCCAGAUAUUCAUUUCAGCGUUAGCCAAGAAGUGGAGUACGAUGAGUGUGUGCUAAUGUGGCAUAUUGCUACUGAGAUAUUUUAUUUCAGUAGUUCCAGAGCAAAAUCCAGUAGUGAUGAUGAUGCAGAUAUAUGUAGAUACAUCUCAGAAUACUUGUUGUAUCUAUUGGUGAUGGAGCGGAAAAUGAUUACUGUGGAUAUCAAAUUCAGAGACACCUUCGAGGAAGCCAGGAAGUUCUUCAACAGAGAACGACAACAACAGAAAACUCUGGGGGGCCACUUCUCCUCCAACACCUACUCUCUUCUUCAAACAUUCAAAAAUGUCAAGAAAGCAUGUGGGCUUUACUUGUAUUCCAUGAUGUUAUCCACAUGGGAUGACAUCAAGUACGCGUUUACCCUCAAAUGCUUCACAACAAAGGAGAGAAAGAGGAAGCCAACCCUGUGGGAAGAACACCAGAACAUAUUGGAAGACAAAAAAAGAAAAGAAGUGUGUGGGAUGCUAAAAACAGUGAGACCACAAUUGACACCGGCAGAAGUGAAGGGAGAUCGAAGUAGGUCGCUGUUGUUUCAUGCGUGUGCACUUGCAGGUCAUCUGGAAAGUCUGUGCUAUGAAAACACUCCCUACACUGAAAAUGAAGUGUGGAGAAUGAUGAGUAAAGUGUGGGUGGAGCUGCUGUCAUAUGGAGCGUGCCAUUGCAGAGGAGACGCUAAUGCUCAGUCCCUAGCCAAAGGUGGAGAGCUGCGCACAUUUGUUUGGCUUUUGAUGGCGCAUUUUGGGCUGGGAGAGCAGUUCAGAAACGACCCCGGACCCGCCCGUGUAAAGUUGAUUGUGGGAAAGGAGUUCAACUAA